AGAGAGGAAGAGAGUUCCCAAAGGACAAGGCAAAAGACAAGGCGAGCAUUAACGUUGCCCCGAGAAUGACACAAACCGCUCCUGAACCUGAAUCAAUAGCGUUCACGGUCCAGAGGUGCCACUUGCUGGACCCUGGCAAUAUUCGUCUCCCUUUGCCAACUAUCUAACGUCCGCGCCUCUCUUCCUUUAAUCACCUUCGCAACUCGCCUUCUGACAACCAACCCAAGCCCUCAUCCCAUUUUCCCAGCCCCAGCAGCCCCCAUCCACAAACCCCGUCGCCCUUCACAUCUUCCCCACUCGUCUUGAACCGACAAUCACAAUGACAGACAACAAGGAGCGUGAAAACAAAACCUUCCUUGCACGGCUGUGCGAGCAAGCCGAACGCUACGAUGAGAUGGUUACGUACAUGAAGGAAGUCGCUAAGCUCGGCGGCGAGCUUUCCGUUGACGAGCGCAACCUUCUAUCUGUUGCAUACAAGAACGUCGUCGGCACACGGCGCGCGUCGUGGCGCAUCAUUAGCUCCAUCGAGCAAAAGGAGGAGUCAAAGGGCUCGGAGAAGCACGUCGCCACCAUCCGUGAAUACCGCCAGAAGAUCGAGGGAGAGCUCGAAAAGGUCUGCCAGGACGUCCUGGAUGUUCUUGACGAGCACUUGAUCCCCAAAGCCGAGUCUGGCGAGUCCAAGGUCUUCUACCACAAGAUGAAGGGUGACUACCAUCGCUAUCUUGCUGAGUUCGCCUCUGGCGAGAAGCGCAAGAAUGCUGCGACCGCUGCGCACGACGCAUACAAGAGCGCCACCGACAUUGCACAGACGGAAUUGACUCCAACGCACCCGAUCCGCCUCGGUCUUGCGCUCAACUUCUCCGUCUUCUACUACGAGAUCCUUAACUCGCCCGAUCGUGCCUGCCACUUGGCUAAGCAAGCCUUCGAUGACGCCAUCGCUGAGCUUGACUCGUUGUCUGAAGAGUCCUACCGCGACAGCACUUUGAUCAUGCAGCUUCUGCGUGACAACCUCACGCUGUGGACAUCGUCCGAUGGAAAUGAACCCGAGGCUCCAGCAGCUGAGCCUCCAAAGGAGGAGAAGCCUGCUGAAGCCCCUGCUGCCGAACCGGAGCCGGAGAAGUCUGCCGAGGAGGCGGCCCCUGCUUCUUAAGAGGCUAGACGUGUGAUAGAUUACGCCAUGGUCUAACUCUGAGCUCUCUGCGACGCUCUCGAACUUUUUACAACAAUCCUUUCCUUAAGAGCACUACCUUACGGAGCGAGAGCCUUAUCAGUACGAUCUGGCGGGCAAAAUUACUUGUGUGGCUUAUUUAGCAAGCGGUCUUCCCCUCUGGAAUUUACUCAUGACUAUGUGUCACGUCUUACGUCCCCCAGCCCCCCCUUUCGUCAAAUAUCAUCCCCCGGAUACCAAUCCCCCCGCGUUGUGCGCUUUGUUGUGGUUCGUAGCUAUGCUGUCUUUUGGCGGUGAAAUCGUCAUGCAUGAGAAGCAGAGUCUGCAGCCAUGGGUUGCAUGCGGCUGGCUCUGUGCAUGCUCUUCUCCGACGAUGGCGUAUGGUAAGAACGAUAGGGAGCUCCUCAAGUUAGCAGAUCAGUUAAGAGACUUUAAGAAAAAAAAUUUUCCCACAAUUCUUA